GCCGAAAAUAGACGCUUUCUCUUUCUGCAGUGCGCCGCGCCCCCUGGUCCCGUCCGCGAGGCUGCGUAAUGGCGGCAGGCGGGCAGCUGAGCUUGGUGCCCGAGGUGGAGCUGGACCCCGAUGGCACGUUCAAAUACAUCCUGGUGCGGGUGCAGCUGGGCGCCGAUGAGCACCGCGACAUCGUGAGGGGCACUGCGGCCGCCGAGUUCCACAAUCACAUAUUUGAAAAAGUAAAUCCUGAAAUGGAAAAGCUAGGUUUUGUAUGCAGGUGUCUUGGAGGAGGAAAAAUUGAACAUAACAGCAAAGACAAGAAAAUCCGUGUAUUUGGUCUUUCUACAGGAUAUGGUAAAGCUGAUCAUUCUGUGACUGUUGAAAUACUGAAGAGAACAUAUAAGGAUUAUGAAAUUAGUUGGUCAGAUGACAAGAAAUAAGUUGUAUAACCUAAUAUAAAUUUGUAUCUUUUAAAGAUAGUGUACACUUAAUUCUAAGCUCCCAUGAGGAAGUACAAUCAGUGCAUUUAGCCUAUGAUGAAUAAAAAGUCAGGAUAUGAA